AUGACGUCUUGUGGCGUGGCAUUUUCCGGUGGUGGAAUGCGAUCCGCAGCCCUUUGCUCGGGCGUUUUACGCUACUUGCUUCAACACAAAAUCGUUUUCGAUUAUUUAAGUUGUGUUUCCGGCGGUGGCUUUACAGGAGCAGCUUAUCUCGACUGGAAAUAUCGUCAUAAUCAACAAGACAGCUCAGAAUGGCAUCAUAAGUUCUUUAAUCAUCUUCGAAGGCGAUGCGGAAUUUUUUGUUCCUGGGGAAACCCUUUGAUUGGAAUCAUUGACGCCGUCAUAUUACUUCUUCUCUGCGUUGUAGUAGCAAUCAUUCUUCCAGCUUUCACUUCGCUAGCAUUUGCAUUUCCCACGGCCUUUGCCGUGGACUUUCUCUUCGGAGAUAUCCUCCGCGCUGGAUUCCACUGUCCUACAACUAGCACAAAUUCUUCUUUCUCAAAUCCAGCGACUGAAAACAAAGGCUGUACUUUAGUACCCAAUGGCAGUCAAGAUGAAACCUUUGUAUUAUUCGGAGCUCUGUUUGCGACUUCAGGCGGACUGUAUGUCUUGAAAUUUCUUUUUCGACCUUGUCGUUCCUCCAUCCACAGUAAACUCGAAUUGUUGUAUUUCAUUUCUUGCUCUCUUUUCCUCAUGACCUUUUUACCCUGGUUUUUCGAGGUCUUUUUGCGAGCUCAGACUUCCGUUUAUGUAAACGGUUUUAUUUUACUCGGCAGCGUCUUUUUGUGGCUUGGCUUUCCACCGCUACGUAACGCCGCGUCUUUGGCGCUGUUGGUGUAUGCUUAUGCCUACACAACAAAAUGGAGAGUUUAUCGGAGUCCAGUGCUUAUAUUCAGUUACUCAGAAGACACGUUUUAUAAGGCUUUGCUUGGAUCCGCAGUUCUCUUGUGGAUAUCGCCUUUCCUGGGAAUGAUUAAAAUGGCCGCUGUUCACACCUACGGCAGGUAAGCCACUUGAAGUCUAGCCUGUAGAACGGACGAUAGUUUUUCGCUUUUUUAGGCGAGCGAAGGCAAGCGCGAGGCACGCGUGGAGCACGGGACACAGCGACGGGGAAUUUUUUUCCCAGCCCCUCCCUUCACGUGUUUCUCGUGCUCCACGCCCAUCACGUUUUGCCUAUACUUGCGGAGAAACCACUUAAAGUCAAUCGAAGAGAGUGGAAUGUUUUUGUUUUGCUUCGUUCUAUCACACUUCGACACACCAUUCAAAUAGGCAGAAAUGUUUUGGCCUCCUUUGCACACAAACCUGCAGCAUAAGCGAUUACUUUACCAAUAUAGAACUCAAGUAAUAGUGAUAAUUCUUUUCCCCUGUAGAUCUUUUAGUCGUUAAGCAAAAGCCAAAUAACGUAUUUCAUUUCAGCCUUAGCCGACGGAGAUUUUCUUAAACGCUUUCUUUGCAAUGCUAAAAAUUAUUCCAAUGCCUUAUCAGGUUAGUGGACACUCAUUUCCUACUUUUUGUUUUUUUAAAGAUGGCGUCUGCAGAAGGCAUUCUUCUUUACUGAGAGUACACGGUGCCUAGGGUGCGCUGGGAUAUCAGUGAAUGAUUGUAUACCAUUUUGCUCAUGCGCAGAGGUUUCUGAGUGGGAAGAACUGGAGAAGGGAUACGUUACUCUAGGUAUUUAUUUAUGUCAUGGGAGAAAGGCCUGUACCUUCGUUUUCACAUAAAUUAGUAGCAUAUGUUGCCUAGUCCCUAGGCCUCAUUAUUCCACGCUUGCAAUGCGUUUCGGGUCACGUGAUCCGAGCAAAGACCUUGACUGAGAAGGCCUGGGAAAGCGCCGUACAGGGACUAGGCAACACCAACUGUACAAAUGAAUGGAAAGAUUCUGGUCAGUUAUUAUGGGUAUGGAUAGGUUAACAUAGUAUGGUGUUUGCUGAAAAAGCAAAAUAGUGCAAGAAAAAAGACUAGAUUUCUAGCAGUCCCCCAGGAUUGUAGCGCGGCUAAGCAAGUGACGAGCGCGCGGACGAGGUGCGGCGGCGAGGUGCGGCCCCGGGUCUCUCUCCGGUUCCCCUCUUGAUUCGUUCGCUCUCCCUUAUCCAGACAAGCUUCGAACUUGACUGGCUGAAAAAGGAAUGCUCGACGUCUGAAAAAAGAUGGAAAUAAAGCUCAGAGCCGAGUUUCAGUGGAGCUUAGCUAGUGAGCUGAUUUGCACCUGAGAAAAUGAAAAUCGAAAAAAAAGUACAGCACAGGUUUAGAUUGGUGAUAAACUGAAGAGUAUAGAAGUCGAUUACAUUAGUUGUUAGUGGUACUGCAUAUAUAAGCUCAAUUCUAAUGUCUUUCAUCAGGUGAUCUUGCUGGAAUGAACCCGGUAUAUCUAUGCAAUACAGUGGUGAACAACUGGCGAAGAGAACACAACAUCGCUAACACUGGUCACGAGGCGGAGGCCUUCGAACUUCUUACCCUCUCUCCCACGGGCAUAGAACGACUGGAUGAGGACCCAGACGAACACAGCAGCUUUGCAGGUUGAGUUAUCUUGAUAAUCAAGUUCCAUACCAUGACAUUUUGAAACAACGGGUUCUGUCUUAUUAGAAAAUUUUAGUUCUCGAUUAUGAGAGCCCCGGGGCGCAGCACACUAGUCUUUGACUUUGGUGUUCUGUCGCUAUGUAGGUGUUACAAACUAGAUCUACGUUUGUCAAGAUGAAUUUUAGCAAGUAUGUCCAGCGGUGUCAUCAUAAUCUAAUUUCAAAUCGUAAUACUUUUAUUGCGUCAUUCUAAUGGCGCUAAGUCUCGAGCAGUAGGGAGUUUUAAAGCACCGACCGACAACGGCGACGGCAGCAAAAACGUCACUUUAAAAAUGAAUUCGCGCUUUUUCAAACUUUUUUGCGUUUAUUCUAGUUCGCUUGAAAUGUCAAAAAAGGGCGAAUUUCCUGGAGUUGAUUUCUUGGGGACCACACUAAAGUUUACUAAGAGAAAGGGUGCGUUUGAUUGGGAAUUGAAAUCUGGAUUUAGAAUCGAACGCAAAAUCCGAAACACAGAUUUCAACGCUGAGAUAUGUGUUCUUGAAUUCGCUUUCUUUCCGUUUUUUUUUGGAAAUCAGAAAAAGGAUUUGAAAAACAGUUCCAAAUUAGAACAAUGGUCUUCGGAUUUCUCAAUCGAACGGUAAAAAGGAAAUCCAUGGAAUCUGGAUUUGGAAUUCUUAAUAAAAAUCCACCAUCAGGACGGAUUUCAAGGAGGUGAAAUCCGUUUUCGGAUUUCGCGUUCGAUUGCAAAAAAUUCAAAAUCUAAAUCUGGAUUUCCCAAUCGAACGCAACCAAAGGAAAAUUCGUCGUUGCUUGUUUAUGUCCUCCAUAAAACGUGAAGUUUUUUCACGUCGAAGUCGUGCAGAGACGGCAGAGAAAUGUUUUGCUUUAUAAUAAGCCUAAUGACGUUCUCGUUGCCGUCGCCGUUGUUAAGGCUCCCUAGAGGCGCGCGAAACAGGUUCAAAUUUCGCAGUUUCAAUUAAGACCCAAAUCACACUCGUGAGUGCAGAACUCCCUUGGAGUCUUUAUUGCCCAACUAUUGAUUGACCCAAUGAUAGGGUCCCUUAAUUAGCAAAAUUUGUGGUCAGUUUACCCUUUCUCUAAUGAUGUUUUACUGCCCAGCAUCUGCUCGCAGCAUCAUAGUUUUAUUUUUUAACCUCUAGUAUAGAUCAAUAUCAUACCUGUAUGACAAUGAUUAGUGCAUCUGAUAAUGUAAGAACCACCCUUUGACUAUUCGCCCUUUCAUAGGUAAAAUUCACCCACGUGAUCUGAAGCUGUCUGACGUCACCGCUACAUCAGCAGCUGCCUUAGCACUCUACAUGGGAGUGUAUGACGUAAGAACCGAGACGGUGAGAAAACUACAAAUGGUGCUUGGUAUCCAUUUCGGCAAAGCACUUGUAUCUGAUCCAAGCGGAGACGUAGCAGGAUCGACAUUUUCAUAUUGCAGGGUAGGGUUUUUUUUUUUGCGUUGAUACUUUCGCUCGUGCAUCUGGAAGAAAAGCACAGGAAGCACGUGCGAAGUUGUUGUUUCGCUAAUCUAACCUAUUGCACAUUGCGCAUUCAUUUCAAGAUUUUGAUAUUUGCAUUUUAGGCUAUCCUUGGUAUAGCCCCUACUUACAUAUAUUCAGAACUUAGUCUAUUUGAAAUUGCAAGGCACAUACAACCUCAGAUCGUCAGGUGGGAUUUUGCUAGCAUCGUCAACAUUCAGAACUAAGGUCACACUAGGCGAUAGAUCCUUCCAGGUGGCUGCGCCCAAGUUAGGGAAUACUCCUCCGCGUGAGCUUCGCGAUAUUCCAAACUUGCAUACUUUUAAGAGCAAUCUUAAGACGUAUCUUUUUAAGUUUGCUUAUGGUUGACUAAAUUUUAAUUGUUACAUAUCGAUAUUUUAGAUUUUUAUGGCGGAAGUGUAUAUAUUUUUAUUGUUUUGCUGAUUGUAAAAAGGUUUGUAGUUUUGUUGUUCUUGUUGUUUUUUGUUUUGUUUUGUUUUUUUUUUUCAUGCUUUUAUUACUAAUGUAAUGCGUAUUUGAUCAUUUUUAUGAAUACCUGCAGCAAUAUAAGUGAUUAAAUUAUUAUUAAUUAAUAUUAUUAUUACAUUUUUGCCGUUUUCGUUGCCGUCGCCGUCGUCGUUGCUAAAACUCCCUAAAGAGGCCUCUAACGAGAAGAGAAAGCUCAUUUAGAAGGUCUCCAAUACGAUUUUCGGGAUCCCGAGAUUUGGCUGAAUUGACGUCCGGGAUUCGCGAUUUCAGAGGAAAUGGGGACUGAGAUUCAGGCAUUUAAUGACGAGUCAGUAAAUGUGGGAUUUGUUGGUGUUUUUUGAUGGGGAUUCGAUAAAUGUUGUUUUAAAGAGCAGAGAUCUGUUAGAAUGGUAAGCUUCUAUUGGCAAAAGUGUUCAGCAUGCCGAAGAUAGGCGAUUUUUCCCUGGCUUUUACGUAUUUUUUUACUGUCAUUACCCUGCCGAUUUGUUCUCUAUUUUUUGACAUAUUAAAGUUGUUACACGUACUAAUCUCAGAAAAUUGUCAUAUUCCAGCGAGGCUAUGAUUUCUAACAAUCCCCUCUAGUGUAUUACUUUAGGGGAAGGAAAGUAUGAUUAAAUGAAACAGGUUUGCUUUUUUCAGUUCCUUCCAGCCCUUAUUCAGAUGCUUAUCGUGGUUCCUGUCAUUCUACCACCGUUCCUUAGCAACCACUGGCACGUGAUCGUGGUCUCCUGGUACCUAGCCAUCCUCGUUUUAGUGCUGUUUAUUGCUUCUCUGUCAACUGGAAGUGAAAACGGUGGAUGUCUUGAUAAAUUUGUCAGGUAUUAGAAAUAGCCACUAGUUGACAACUAAUUGUAAUAGGGUUUUAACACGUAACGAGAAAAUAAUGGGUGUCAUGGAGACUACAGUAUACUCUGCUGUUGAUUUAGUGGUGAGUCUGCUUUAAGAAAAUACUCUCACUUCGAUGAAAAGUUCUCUAAUAGAUUACGCUGUUAUUUUAUACUAAAAAGACAUUUUUUUAUGCUUCAGAUGGUGCACAGUCAACAUUUAUCACGUAAGAUUUGCUCGCCUUUUUCUGCAGACUAUCGAUGUUGGCCCAGUCCCGCCAGCCAUCCUCAACCUCAGCGACGGAGGUCACAUCGAGGGUCUGGGACUGCUAGCUCUUUUGAAAAAGAGGCUGAGAAAAAUUGUAGUCAUCGACGGGACCACCCCGGGGAAUGGCCAAAGGGUAUCAUCACAGCUAUUGCGCUCGCUUGAGUUGGCACGAAAAAGGUUGAGGUGCUCGUUUAGCGCGAUGGACGGCCGAGAUAUCACCGAAGAUCUCCGAAGCAAACUAGACCAAGUACCCCCACGACACAAACCUAGGUUUUACAAGUUUAGGGUGGAGUACAAGGACAAAAAGGGAAAUACAGUGGAUAAUGAACAAACUGGGAAGGGAGAAAUAAUGUUGAUACUUCCUCGACAUCCUGACGAGGGUAUGUUAAUCUUUUACCUCUGGAUCAGACUAAAAAUUCUGAUCUUUUGUCCCCAUAUGUCUGCAAGAGAAGAUUAAGAGAGUAGCAAACAGAACGUGUUAAAACUUAUCUGCGGAAAAAUCCGUAAAUCUGUAAUUAUCUGCGGAAAUCUCAGACCUCGAUCGGUUAAUAAGUUAUUUGUUACAUGGCCUUUUUAGUGGUAUACUCUGGAUAAUAUAAAACUCGCUAGCGCUGUCGCUCUCUUCGUCGCUCAUACUAAAGAGAUAUCGGUAUGCGGUAUUUUUCUUUCAGUUAUUGAAAACAUAGUCAUAUUUUGUCGGUAAUUUUAAAUUCUUGUUUUCACCCAUGUACUCGCACCUUUACUCAUAACACAAAAGAGCCGUCGAGCAGAGAAAAAUUUUCCUAGUGCCCGGUCAUUGCAGAAAAAGUCUUGCCCGCUCAGCAGCCAAUCAGAGUUCGCUCACUAUGGAAGUAAUAUAGACAUGAUAACGAGUAAAACUUGUAAUAUGCUGUUUCAGAACUUAUCAAGCUCAUAUAUGAGAAAAUAUGAUUGCAGUCGGUAUUUCGUCUACAUAACGAAUACCCCUUUAAACUGCACUUGAUCGAAUGUUAUUUUCUUUCUUUCCUUCAAGGCACUCCCUCCCCAAUAGGCUUAGCGCGAUCGUGGGAAGAUUACACUCGUGACACCAACCAGCCAAUGAGCGGAAAGAAAUGGGGAUCAGGACCCGACCUUGAGGCUGGAGAGGUUGAUCGACUCACAGGCUGUUGCUGCGAAUGCUGUCACGUGACCUGCUGGAGGGCUUGUUGUGGGUGAGUGUGAGCGACUAAGUGAAGAGCGCGUCCAACUUUGCAGAAUUAUUUUUUAAGUAUUGCUCAGUACGCACUGUAUAUUGCUCUUUCUUCUCGCGCACGUAACAUAACACCGUGAAGCUUUUGGCGUUAGUUGAACUUAUGAUAUUUUGACACUCGGUAAAAUUCCCUAAUUCCAAGGAAAGCUUCUAGCGGUAAUCGGCUCCUGCUUCUUGGUGUUGACGGGUACAGUUACCAAAUGACACAAUACAAAAUAUUGAAAACUGACACUGAACAAUUCCCACCCGACAACACAAAAGCGAUCUAAUAAAGGUUCCCCAACAACAAGAAACACCAAUUCCAGUCUAUCUCCAUUCAGCGUUUUUUCAGGGAAUGAAUCAUACUAGAAAACUUUUGCAGAGUAACAGCCAAGACCUUAUUCCUCUAGCCAGCAGAGGAAUCUAAAAAACGUGACAACUAUAAACUGGCUGGAUACAGGGCUGAAAAUAGGAUAAAAUGUACGCUCCAAGGGUCAAGGCGCCUGUCUGCGGCCAGUCGGGGGAGGGGCACUCCUAUAAUGGCCUAUACGGGGAGGCUCCGCCCGGAAGGGGUACCUUUAUCAGGCUUCAGGUAUAAGAAACGGUAUAGGGAUUUCAUUAGUUGCAGUACAGUAUGAAAGGGUAGGAAAAUCUGUCAUUUCGAUCUGAAAACGGACCAAAAAGGGUUACCAUACGCAUUUUAUGGACGUGAAAAAUGCAAGAAAGGUUCAUUUACAGCAGUUAAAAGGAUUGCAGUGUUUCAAACUAGGUCAUCAUCAUCAUCAUCAUCAUCAUCAUCAUCAUCACCACUUGGUAUGGUAUGUGAAAGAGGCACCAUUUGCUCUGUAAAGGGUAUACGAAAGGGGUAUCUUUUCUGUCAAAAAUGCAAUAUAAAAAGGUAAGGGGUUGGACCUCGGGGCGGAGCCUCCCGGUAUAAAACUUUGUUGAGUUCGCCCCCCGGGCGCCUGACGGUUAUUAAGGUUUGUCGGCAUUGACGUAUACCACAUUGUGAUUGCAGGGUCUGUUGUGGAAUUUUCCCGCACCACGUGACUCUGAAUCAGUUUUUCACGUCUGCAAUGUACAGUGCCUAUCACAGGGAAGGCUACCGCGCAUGUCUAGACGCUGAAAUAGAGCACUUCUUCUCAGAUGCAGAGGCUGGUGAAAAGAAAUAA